UCUCCCAUUUCCAUCAAUAAAUCAACUACACACAAAAAAAAAAAUGCAAUCCAUUUGUUUGAUCAAUUCCUCACAAAUAUUCCACCCAUUUUCUGUAGCCUCCAAGACAUGUGGUUCAAAAGGGAGAAAAUUGAGUUCAGUUAUUAUGGCAUCAAUGAGGGACCAGAACUUCAGUGGGAGGUUGGUGGAUGAGAGCAUGAUCAUACUUAGGAAGAGGAUCCAUGAGAUGAAUAUGAUUGAGAGAAACUAUGAGCCACCUUCUGAUUGGAUGGAUUGGGAGAAACGUUAUUACACGAGUUACGACUCCAUCAUAUGUGAAGCUGUGGGAGUUUUACAGACACACUUGAUGAACACUAGGCCAAGUUUGGCUCUUGGUGCCAUGGCUUUGGUUGCAAUCAGUGUCCCAACUUCUACUGCUGUGCUUUUUUUUCAUUUAGUUGACUUGGCCAAGGCUCUUUCUUCUUUGAAUUAAUGGUUUAGCUUUUAGAAAACCAUUCAAUUCAAUUCAUUUAUACAUAGAUAGAAUAUGUAUCAUUAUCAUGUAUAGGAUUUGGAACUUCCAUCUUAUCAUCUAGGGGUGGGGAGAUAGAUAUAAGUUUAUCCAAAAAUUAAUGCAACGGUCAAAGUGUCUGUCAUUUGUGAUCUAUACAACUCAUGUAAUGAAAUGUUAUGAUUUGACUCUCUUUAUAAUAUGAUCAGUUGCUUUAGCUUCAAGAA